AGGAUGAGAGGCCCUGGCGAGAGCAGCGUCACCACCAGACCAUGACGGGAACCUGCUGGCUGGCGGUGAUAGCCCUUACCUUGGGGGAGCCCUCGCCUGCCCACGGUCUCUUUACUACGCCCAUGAGGAUACACACGCCCUCCACUAUGCCUGCGAGUAUAUACACGCCCUCCAAUACUCCUUCGAGAUUACAUACGCCCUCCACUACCCUCACGAUAUUACGUACGUCCUUCACAACGCCCACUAGAUUACAUACAUCCUCCACAACGCCCACGAGACUACAUACGCCCUCCACUACCUCUCUUGAAACAAGCCACCCACCUUCCUCUAAUCGCUCGAAGACUAUUACUAAAGUACCUGUGUAUGAAGACAUCACCUCAUCAGCGGCUAUAGAUACCUCAGGAAAAUCGCUUCACACGAUAAAAACCACCAAUUGGGAAACGUCGAGUUAUAAAACACUAUUAUUAAAUGGCAGAGAAGACGGUCUAAGUUCUGAUCAUACAUUGUACUCUUUAGGGCACGCUCUCGAGAAUAUUAAAGCCAGGAUUAUAAGUGUGUCCAGUUCGGCACGAGAUGUUAGGCCAAGUGUGUCUCGAGCGGAUAUCACGCCAGUUGUCGAAGACAGGGCUGGACUCAAGUUUGUUGAUAAAGAUAAAAAUCAUACAAAUAUCUUCAACUUUGACAACAAAAUUCUCAAUAGAACUGCAGCCAACCGUAUUUUAUCUGUCGAUGUUAUUAAAUACAGCGGAAACCAAACGUUCUAUCUCCCGGCUGAUGAACAUGUUACCGAGUCCGAACUGAAGAAUCAUUCUUGUAGGGGUAGUGAAGAGGUCGGCUCGUCUGUUACUCCCAAGAGUACAACAGGACCUCCUCACAACACGACGCUCGAGGUGUUGGCUCCAAGGAUUCCUCUGUGUCACCUGCACACCCUCGACAAAAACAUAUUUGUUCCUCAGAUCCUCGAGGUGUCACCGCCCCCCUUCACUUUUGAUGGAUGUGUCGAACCGGAGGUAAUUCCAUUUGCUGGUGUUUUUAUGGUCAAUAAUACGUGUCCACCCGAAUGUCUCGUUAAGGUCGCCUUCAACCCAACCAGGAAAAUUGUGUACGAAGAUGAAACGUUGUAUUUUUCGCUGGAUGGAGCGCAGAUACAAAAUUUCUGUGUUGAAGGUGUUAUGGAAGAGAAAUGUAAUUUUCGGGCUGUGUUUUGCAGCACAUGUCCCCCAGUGAUCGUGACUGACCGCUGCACGCAGCACUCCUGCAUGAAAAAGUGCUGUCCCGGGGGCCAUGUUCUUGAAAACAAUUCUUGCGUGUAUCAGGAAAUGGCAUUACCUUUGCCAGUGGUUUUCUACAAGUUUUGGAAGUUACGUAAUCAAGCAUCAGGGGGAGAAGACACAGAGAGGCAGGUGCAGAUUGGGUUUCCACACUGUGGCGACACUGAGGCCAUCCCUACACAGUCCACAUAUACCAGAUAUCUGAACACUUCUAUGUUGCUUGUCAACGGCUCACUGGCAACAGAGAGCCGGAUCCUAGACUACUGCAUUGAUGAAUACUUGGAGGUGGGAGGCGAGAGCCUGACUACUGGGAUGAUUGUACUCUUGUGUCCGACACAGCCACCGACACAGCAGACUACAUGGACGGUGGUGCGCAGUGUUCUGAUCCCGGCGGGAUUGAUGGUGUCGUGUGUGUUCCUGGCGGCGACGCUGCUGUGUCACUUGUGCGUGGCGGCCCUCAGGGACUUGCACGGCCUCUGCCUCGCAGCCUACGUGGCCGCCCUGCUGGUGGCCGACGCCACACUGUUUGUGACGCAAGCGUUCUCCCAGUUCCUGUCUCCUUCAGCCUGCGUCUCCGUGGCUGUUAUCCUGCACGUUGCAUUCCUCUCCACCUUCUUCUGGCUUAACGUCAUCUGCUACGACGUGUGGAGGUAUGUAGGGCUGACGGUCCAGGCGGUGCCCUUGUAUCACUCACAAGAUGACUUCCGUCGCUUCUUCGCUUACGCCGUGUACGCGUGGGGGGCGCCGCUGGUCAUAGGCGGAGUGGCCGUCGUCAUCCACUCUCUCCCGCACCAUAUCGAUGGUCUCCUGAAGCCUGACUUCGUCCACAACAGGUGCUGGUUCAGAGACGGGAAGGAGAUGUUAGCUUACUUCUACGGUCCAAUGGGUGUCCUGUGCGUAGUGAACACGCUCCUCAUCGCCCACACGGGCCUCCGCCUCUACUGCGCUGACAAGAAAUGUGACUGCCUCUUCGGCAGGUGCAGGAGCACUGACCACACCCUCUACCGCACGCACCUGGCGGAGUUCUGGCAGCGUUUCGCCCUGUUCGGUGUUAUGGUGGUGUGCUGGGUGAUGGAGGUGGUCUCCUGGCUGGUGGGACCCGCUGACUCCGAGCUCUGGGCCCUUACUGAUACUCUGAAUACGUUCCAAGGAGUGUUUAUCUUCAUGACAUUCUUGAGGAGCACCAAGAAGCGUCGUUUGUUACAGGAAACAUUGCUACAGUGGUCCAGCAGUGUGGUAAGCAGCACCUGCCUCACCCACCCACCACUGCCUCAACCACUCACGCCCACUAAAUUGCUACACCGACUAAGGAAUUGCACAGUCUUGUCGCCCUUUGUUAAGUGCUGCUCUGAGAGAUCACACCUCACAAGGCAGCAAGUCCUAGAUAACAUUAUCUUCAAGAACAAGAUGGAGACAACUCAGUCUCUCGACAAGAAGGCCUUUGAAGACGUUAAUGUAGAAGGCGACGUGAAACAGUGUGAUUGCGAUGUCAACAAGAGUUUCAGUCCUGUCUGGACAUUACCACACUGGAAGUCUCGCUGGUCCAACACGUACUUCCCCAACACCGGUGAAAAGAGUAGCAACGAGAUACAAAGUCAAGAGCUGGUGUGUGAGAACUUAACAGAUUCCAUCAGCCUAUUCUCGAGCAACUUCGAGGAGCUGAGUGUGCCUUAUGCAUCCCUGGAGCGACGUCCCACUUUUGCCAACUGGAGGAUCCUACUACACAAGACGGGCUCCUUGAGUCUGCCUGCUGGUGACGAUGUUCCUCCGGUCGACGGUGGAAGCGAGGUGGUGUGCCACGGUCUUACACAGAAAGAACAUUAA